UUGCCAAAAUGGAUAUUAUUGGUGUGAUACGAACAACGGCCCAGGAUUAUGGUGAUAUUUUUUCAGAUGCCUGGUGGCAUCUGCUCAAUAUGGAGUUUAAAACGGCGAUGACGUUGUACAUAACAGUGGGCCUGCUGACAUUAAUCCUAGUAAUCUGGUAUAUAUUCUAUCGUCGAUAUAUACGAGAUAAAGAACGACAAAAACUGUUACUUGCUCAAAGUUCAUCAUAUGCCACGGCCGAUAUGCGCGGCCUGCGGUUUCGUAAACGUGAUAAAAUGCUCUUCUAUGGUCGGCGGAUGUUGCGCAAAGUGAAAAAUGUCUCCGGCCAAGUGUAUGGUGGCCAGGGACGUAAACGUCGUGCUGUUAUGCGUUUCGCCAAACGUCUGCUACAGCUGCGUCGUGAAAAUAUCCCUCUACAAAUGAAAACAGUCGAACCUCCGGCGGAGUAUUUAGAAGAAACUAUGGAGGGGUCAGAUCGUGUACCACCCGAUGCCCUGUAUAUGUUGCAGAGUAUUCGUAUUUUUGGUCAUUUUGAAAAGCCCAUCUUUUUGAAGCUUUGUAAACACACGGAAACCUUGAUGUUGGAUCCUGGAGAUUUUCUCUUUAAGAUAACCGAUGCGGAUGAUAGUGUUUUUAUAGUGCAAUCGGGUCAAAUCAAUGUUUUCAUAUCGAAUGCUGAUGGUAGUACAUUAUCGUUGAAGACGGUGCGCAAAGGAGAAUCUGUUACGUCGUUGCUGAGUUUUGUCGAUGUGUUGUCGGGAAAUCCGAGCUAUUAUAAGACAGUUACAGCUAAGGCUGUGGAGAAAAGUGUGGUUAUACGGCUGCCAAUGCAGGCCUUCAAAGAAGUAUUCGAUGAAAAUCCCGACAUAAUGAUACGUGUCAUCCAAGUCAUCAUGAUACGCUUGCAGCGUGUCCUUUUCACAGCCUUGCGGAAUUAUUUGGGUCUAAAUUCCGAGCUGGUGCAGAAUCACAUGCGCCAUAAGAAAUCUCAAAAUAAUGCCCAACAAACACCACAAUCUGCAUCGCAGCAGCAAUCACAAUCGCAAUCGCAACAACAACAGUCAAAUGCCACUGCAACACAACAACAAACACAAGUUAAACAUUCACCCGGCCAUCGACGAUCUCAGGGUGAAACCCCCAUCUUGCAUCAACAUAGUCUUUCAGAUCCUAUACCACCACCUGAUAUGUUACAGGAUGUCGCCUGUUAUGAGGCAUUAAUUGCCAAUGGUUCGGCCCAGUAUGUGGCCCAGAGUAGUGUUGGCAAUUUAUCGACCAGACGUUAUUCGAUGACACCGGCUGAAAUCAAUGUUAAUGCCUCUUCCAUUGAUAUGCAGCUGGUCAAUAUGUCUGCGGUGGAUAGUUUUCUAAAAGAACUCGGUUUACCCGAAGAAGAUCGCUCGUUCCUGGAACCAUUUGUUGAGGUUCGUGAAGUGGAUGUUGAUGUUACCCUAAUCACGGAGGGUAAUUCCGAUGAUAUUUGUGUUUGGUUUGUUAUGACUGGUGGUUUGGCUGUCUAUCAGAGUGGUGUCGAUCCCAUACGCAAUUUCCAAAGUGAUCGGGUCGAUUGUUUCAUACAUCACGUCCAUCCCGGUGAAAUUGUGGGUGGUUUAGCUGUACUAACCGGAGAGGCCAGUGCCUAUACCAUUACCUCACUCUACCCCAGUCGCAUUGCAUUCAUACGCCGUCCCGCCAUCUAUCAGAUAAUGCGUGAACGGCCCAAAAUUGUCCUGGACCUAGGCAAUGGUGUGGUCCGACGUCUCUCGCCAUUGGUGCGACAGUGCGAUUAUGCCCUCGACUGGAUUUUCUUGGAGUCGGGUCGUGCUGUCUAUCGCCAGGAUGAAAUGAGCGAUAGCACCUACAUAGUGUUAAGUGGUCGUAUGCGUUCCGUUAUCACUCAAUCAAGUGGCAAGAAGGAAAUUGUGGGCGAGUACGGUAAAGGUGAUUUGGUUGGUAUUGUUGAAAUGAUAACGGAGACAUGUCGUACUACAACUGUAAUGGCCGUUCGAGACUCAGAGCUUGCCAAAUUGCCGGAGGGUUUAUUUAAUGCCAUUAAAUUGCGUUACCCCAUUGUGGUAACGAAGUUGAUCUCUCUGCUAAGUCAUCGUAUUUUGGGUACAAUGCAAUCACGUUCGGCCGGCAAUGCGGCGCCAUUGGAAGCGAAUCCGGUAACACACAAAUACUCCACCGUGGCAUUGGUUCCAGUCUCAGAAGAUGUCCCCCUAACCGCCUUCACCUAUGAACUAUUCCACUCGUUGUGUGCCAUUGGACCCACGCUACGCCUAACCUCCGAAGUUGUACGUAAACAAUUGGGUGUACACACAUUCGAACAGAGUAAUGAAUAUCGUUUAACCUCUUGGUUGGCCCAGCAAGAAGAUCGUUAUAUCAUUACUUUGUAUCAGUGUGACCCAUCGUUGAGUGCCUGGACGCAACGUUGUAUGCGUCAAGCUGAUGUCAUCCUAAUUGUCGGUCUGGGUGAUCGUCCACCCACUGUGGGUAAAUUUGAACGUGAAAUUGAUCGUUUGGCUAUGCGUACCCAAAAGGAGUUAGUGCUACUCUACUCUGAGACUGAUAGUUCGAAGCCGAUGAACACCUUGCAGUGGUUAAACGCUCGGCCGUGGGUAACCAAACAUCAUCAUAUACAGUGUGUUAAGCGUAUGUUUACGCGGAAGAGUCAAUAUCGGAUUAAUGAUUUGUAUAGCCGUGUUCUGAUGUCCGAGCCAAAUAUGCAUUCAGAUUUCUCUCGGCUGGCCCGUUGGCUAACCGGCAAUUCCAUUGGCUUGGUAUUGGGCGGUGGUGGUGCCCGCGGUGCUGCCCACAUUGGCAUGAUGAAAGCCAUACAAGAGGCUGGUAUACCCAUUGAUAUGGUCGGUGGUGUUAGUAUAGGUGCUCUAAUGGGUGCUUUAUGGUGUUCGGAUCGUAAUAUCACCACAGUUACACAGAAAGCAAGAGAAUGGUGUAAGAAAAUGACAAAAUGGUUCUUGCAACUCCUCGACUUAACAUACCCGAUAACAUCAAUGUUUUCGGGUAGAGAAUUUAAUAAAUCCAUACGUGAUACAUUUGGUGAUGUUAGUAUUGAAGAUUUGUGGAUACCCUAUUUUACGCUAACCACAGAUAUUACGGCCAGCUGUCAUCGGGUGCAUACGAAUGGAUCUUUGUGGCGUUAUGUACGUUCAUCCAUGUCACUUAGCGGUUAUAUGCCGCCACUGUGUGAUCCCAAAGAUGGACAUUUGCUAUUGGAUGGUGGCUAUGUAAAUAAUUUACCAGCCGAUGUAAUGCGAAAUUUAGGUGCUGCUCAUAUUAUAGCCAUUGAUGUUGGCUCACAGGAUGAUACCGACUUAACAAAUUAUGGUGAUGAUUUAUCCGGCUGGUGGUUGCUCUACAAGAAAUGGAAUCCAUUCACAUCGCCCGUAAAAGUACCCGAUUUGCCUGAUAUUCAAUCACGUUUGGCCUAUGUAUCCUGUGUUAGGCAAUUGGAGGAAGUGAAAAAUUCCGAUUACUGUGAAUACAUUCGUCCGCCCAUUGACAAGUACAAGACUCUGGCGUUUGGCAGUUUCGAUGAAAUUCGUGAUGUUGGUUAUGUUUUUGGUAAAAAUUAUUUUGAAAAUAUGGCUAAGGCUGGCCGUUUGGGUCGUUUCAAUCAAUGGUUUAAUAAAGAACCACCCAAGAAAGACAAUCAUGCCUCGUUGAGUGAAUACACGUUCAUCGAUUUGGCACAAAUCGUUUGCAAAAUACCCGAUUUGGAUCAUCCAUUGCAUACAAUGGAUCAACAUCAACAUAAUUAUUUCUAUAGUGAAGAUGAAGAUUAUGAUGGUUAUAUAUCGGAGCCAUCCAUAUAUAAUAGGAAUCAAAUCAAAAUGAAACGUACUGGUACCUCAUUAUCCCUAUCGGAAAACGAAAUGGAUUCUGACAUUGAGGUAGAUCUCAGUUUGGCCAUACGACAACAUCAAAAUUUAAAAACUCGUAGCUCACCACAAACUCCCGUCAACUUGCCACGUUCGGCUAUGUCCUUGAUCGAUAAUAUCGAUGGACGACACAACAACGUUAGUAUCCCGGCAACACCCGAAGAUGAUGUCGGCGGUGGCAUAACAAUGCAAAUGCGUUAUAAAUCUUUGGAUAAUAUGAUGUCAACGAAUACAAAUACAACGCCAAAACAAAUAAACGAUAUCGGCGGUGGCAAUGCAGACAAUGCUGACGAUGAUAAUAAUGGCAAUAAUGAUAAUGCUGCCGAGGGUAAAAAAUUAAAUAAUAGCACCGAAGAUGAUGACAAUACCAAUAACAGCACAACAGCCAAAGCUAAGACAUCAUAA